AUGGAUAAAUUAUGGAUGUCCUCUAGUAGAUUAUCAACUGCAUAUGAUGAAGGCUUGAAUGCUUUUCUAGAGUUUGCACAAAGAAAUAAUCCAAACUUAGAUGUUAUUCCAUGUCCUUGUGUAAAUUGCAUCAAUUUGUGUCACCACUCAAUUGACAAUGUCCGCUAUCAUUUGUUUGCCCAUGGCUUCGAUGAAAAUUAUAAGAUUUGGUCUUUCCAUGGAGAAAAACAACCCAAGAGUGAUUCUAGAUGCCCUAACAAUUCCAUUCCUCCUGAUGCUAUUUAUACAAAGGAUAUGCUACAUGAUGCCUUCAAAUAUAUAGACGAAGAACCUGAUUCAUUGAAAUCACUUCUUGAAGAAUGUGAUAAGCCACUUUAUGUAGGGUCAAAGUAUAAUGCACUUAGUGGAUUAUUGAAAUUCCAAAAUUUGAAGGGUCAGUUUGGAUGCUCUGAUGCUAGUUUUGAUGCUUUGUUCGGCAAGCCUUUAUCAAAGGCUACAAUCGAUGUUGUAGAUGCUCAGUUACUUGAUCAAGCUCAUCUUUAUGUAUUACGAAACAUUGCUGUUAUGGAGCCGUAUAUAGAGCAACAUAUGUUGGAAUUAAAGGAUCUGAACCCUCGUCACGCUCGCAAAAGUACAUGGUUGCAGAGCCAACAUAGUCGGACAUUUAUUAGUUGGUUUAAGAAAGAGCUUGAAAAACGUUUGGCUAACGGGGAAGAUAUUUGUGAUGAUGUUCGUUGGUUGGCCAAAGGGCCUAAUUUUGUUGUUAGUAAAUAUAGCGGUUUUGCCAUAAAUGAGUAUCAUUUUCAUACAACAUCUCGAGAUGAGUCUAGAACAACUCAAUGCAGUGGAGUAUCUUUAGUUGCACAUACUAUGCAGAUUGCUAGUGCAAAAGACUCCAAUCCUGUGUUGUGUUUUUGUGACAUGGAAUCGGAUUCAGCUUCUGAUCACAAUGAAGACUCCAAACAAAGAGGUCCGAUAUAUAAGGCAAAAGCUAAUAAAGUGAAACUUGUAAUAACUUACAAUAAAAAAGGUGUCCCGGUUGAAAAGGAAGCCACAAAACUGUCUACUUUUGAGGGUUUGGUUGCAAGAACAAUGGUUCCUAUAACCUAUGCGUAUUGGCUGGAAGUUAGUGAAGAAGUAAGGGAAGGGUUAUGGCAAUAUGUUUUGGAAAAGUUUGCAGUUGACCCAAAGAUCCGGAAGCAAACUCUCCAAUCGAUCGGGAAGAAGUGGAGAAACUUCAAGCAUUAUCUAUAUGCCAAGUUCAUUAAGAACCAAAGUAAAGAUCCCAAGGCAAAUCUAUUCAAACCUCCGAAAGAUUAUCCGUUUAUAAAGAAAGAAGACUGGAAAGUUUUUGUAUCCCAUAGAGUUACAAAAAAAUGGGAGGAGAAAAGUACAAAAGCUAAAAAUACUCGUGCACAUCAUAAAUACAAUCAUCGUUUGAGCAGAAAAGGAUAUGUCGGACUCAUUAAUGACAUCAUGCAAGAAACCGGCAAGACGAAAGAGGAGAUUGAUAGGACACUGUUGUGGAAAAAAGCAAGAGAGUUGAAGACAGGAGGAUACGAAUCAGAUGUCAAGAUGAUUGUUGAUAAAAUUGAUGAGUUGCAUAAAUCUAGAAGCUUUGGAGAGGUUACAUGUGGAACACAUGAUGUGCUUACAGAGGCCUUGGGUACUCAGGAACAACGUGGGCGUGUACGAGGGAUGGGUAAAUUUAUAACGCCACAACAAUACUUUUAUUUACCCAAGAAUGUUAAGUAUUACUUGGAGAUUGAGAACGAGAGAAUGGAUAAACGAAUCAACAAACUUGAAGAUGACUUGGAGAAACUAAAAAGAGGUGUACUUAAUGUUUCUAAAGCCGCAAGUUGCCAAGUAGGGGGCGUCAUUGAAGAUGUUGAAAAAGAACCACGGGAUGAAUCACUUGAUAAUUCAUGUCUUCUUGCGGUUGAAUUUGCUGCAAAUGUAGUCGCUAAAGGAACCAUAAUGAAGUAUAGAGAAUCUUUAAUACCCAUUCCACUUGAAGAGGAGUUCAUUGUGAAGGUCAAAGAUGCACUGGGACACAUACUAAGUUGGCCAAGACACUUAGUUAUUCGAUGCUCUGACCUGGGAAAAGUGGUGGGGAAACCUGUGAAGAAACAUGCAACACCAGUGAAGAAACACGUAACACCAGUGAAGAAACACGCAACACCAGUGAAGGAAGGUGCAACACCUUUAAAAGAAGAAAUAGGAAGUAAUAAGAAAGAAAAGGGGACAGGAAAAAAUGGUUGA